GUUUGGUUUUAUUAAGAAAAAAGGCUUGUCUACCAUAGAUAACUUUCUGUUUCGAAUUUCAAGAAAGUAGGAAUCGAUAAAAACAACAAAUGAAUGAGUUUUAGUUGAACAUUAUUAAGCAAGAAUAUAUAGAUAAUCCCAAAACAGAAAAACAUUAACUUAAAUAUAUAUGGUGUUUUCAUUGCCAUCCAAAAUGUCUACAGAUACAGAAAACAAUAUAAUUUCUCAACAUGACGUUAAUAACGACUGGAAAGAUUUGUUAGCUAUGCUUCAUGAAAUUCCAGGCUAUGAAGAAGUGACAGAGCCAUUAGAUGUUAUGAUAAAAAUAAGACAAGUCAAUGAACAAGUAAGGCAACUGCAGCUCGAGCUGAAAACAUGCAACGAGCUUUUACGAGAAAAAGAAGAAUCAUCAGCGCCACAAGACAAAAAGAUGUUAAGAUAUGCCUCGAUGAUUCAAACGUUUGAGGAACGAAUUAAAGACUUGGAAAAUACCGUAGACGAUCAGAGUCAAAUGUUGAGAGAAAAAGACAUUGAAAUAGAAAACAUAAAAAACGCACAGGAUCCUCAAAAUAAUAAUUCAAAUUUAGAACAUAAACUAAUACUGAUGAAGCAGUCAAAGGACGAAUUGUAUGUCCAUUGGAAGGACGUCAUAUCAAAGAGGGAUGAAAUCCAAAAAAAAUAUGAUUCUUUGGACAGACAGUUCACAGCACUCGUAAAAGAAAAAGACCAACAAAAAGAAAGUUUUACACCAAACGGUGUUGACUCUCCCACGCCUGUUUAUGAAGACGAUGUUAUUGUUUCCUUAAAAAAGAAGGAUUCUAAUGGAAGAUUUGGCGUGAAGUUUGGCAUCAAAAACGGUCCGCCAUUUCUGAACGAAUCUAACAUAGUGAUACUCAAUGUGGACGAAAAAUUGGUUGGAUCGCAAUUAAUGCCUGAAGACCUUGUGAUUGAAAUAAAUGGACAAAAUACCCAAAAUAGUAAAAUGGAUUUUGUUCGUAUGUGCUGUGGCUUGAGAACAGACGAGCUUGCUCUAAAGAUCAGACAUCCCAAAUGCACAAUGGAAACGUAUGAAAUGGAAGGGAAUCGAGAACUCUUUGAAGACUGGGGUGUGUCAUUGGGAAUCUUUUUAAAAGAAGUUAAAAUAAAUUCGUAUGCUUCUCAUUACGUUAAGUUACGAGAAUUAGAUGAAAUCAUAGAGGUAAACAGACACGACAUUAAUACUUUGAAACUACCAGACAUAAUGCGCAAAAUGAGAAAACCAGUCCGUUUAAAAGUGCGAAGAGAUAUCACAAAAACACAACAUGGUGGUACUAACACGUUCUCUACACCACCGUCUGUAACGUCAGGCGAAGACCAAGGAAGCAACAGCGAAAUCUUCAAAUAUCCAGAGAGCAUCCAAAUUGAUUCUAGUAUGGCUAUACCUCCAAGACCUGUUCUUGAGCCACCGACUAUACCUCGAGAAGGAGUUGUUGAAGUCGAGAUUGAGAAAAGAUCGUUCGAAUUCAUUGGAUGGCAUUUUAUUGGUGGUAAUAAAGUUGGUAUUUUUAUCAAAGCUGUGGACCCUUGGUCCCCUGCUGAAAAGGCUGGUAUCAGGGUUGGAUGGAGGCUGUUGGCUCUAAACGGAUACAGUGUUGAGAAUGUGGCAUUCUCUUUUGCAAUGGACUUAAUCAACUCAUUUCGAGACAAAAGUCCUAUCAAAGCGACUCUGCAAGAAUUUAGUGAGGAUGAAUAUCGCAGAUUUUUGGAAAGCAAACCAUACGAUACCUUUUAUGUAAAAGCUUUAGAAAAUCAUUCGUCUUCCGGUGAUUUGUCUUUCAAAAAGAACGAGGUAUUGUGCAUCAUAGAUUCAUCUGUCGUCAAAAAUGAACAACGAAAGUGGAAUGCUAAGAAACAAAGUAACGGUACCGAACAAACUGGCCUCGUUCCAACUCAAGCUUCAAGUUUCAAUACAGAACAUAUUUACGAAGAAAUCAGUUCGACUAAAAGCAUCAAAACUAAAAAGAGAAGAGAUUACUACUACAUUAAUGACGAUGUUGACGUGAAACCUCAAGUCGAUAAGGGCUUACCGUUUUGAACACAGUCUAGCUCACGCGACGAUAGAAAGAUAGAGCGGUCACGCCCGUUUAUGUAGAAGUCGUAACACGAUCCCUCACCAAUAGCGACAUGGAAUGUUUUGAUCGUCAUAAUGUUGUUGCGUCGUUAUUGACGUAAACAAUAGAGAUUCAUUUCUUUAUUUCUACCUUCAUGUGCAAGAAGGAAGAAAGAACAAGCAAUAACAUAAUACACCACAGAUACAUUUUGCUAAAAUGGCACGAAACAAAAUACAGCGACACACGAGUAUAACUUGCGCUUAUGUUCAUUUAUACUUAAAAAAAAGGAUUUUUUAGUUGAAAAUUAAAUUAUGUUGUAAUAAUUUUUUUCCAUUUUUUAUUAAUAAUCGACAUCACGGGUUUAUUAAGUUAUCUUAAUUCUUAUAAACAAAUGUCUGGUCAAUGUAAAUUGAAUUAUUUCAAUUAUUUCAGGCACGUUGCGAAGUUUUCUUUUUUAAAUUGUUACUUUAAACAAGCAAUACAUCCGAAUCCUCUUGUUAGCCAGUCGUGGUAUAUUACUAUAGCAUUCACUUUGUUGUGUGGGCGAAGUUAAACAAACCGUGUCAUCUCGAUGGUAUAUUUUGAUGGAUAUCUGAUGCAUAUAUUUGUAAAAUAUUAAUUUAUAUUUUAGAAUUUUUUAUUUUGUGGUUUCACUUUGUCACAUGACAUUUACGAAAGGAUCUCCUUGAUUUGUAAUCUCGC